AAGGAGCUGCUGCUGAUACUGUCAGAGGAGCGGCCGCGCAACCAUCUGGACAUGAGGAAUCGGCUCAACUCACAGGGCAAGCGCGAGGGCAAGCUCAUCGACUACAGGGUGAGUGAGCUGCGAGCAGUGGAGAUCCUGGACGGGCUGUGCAAGAAGAUGGACAAAUACUCCAUCGUCACUAAGGACGAGAGGCGGGUGUGGAGCUCUCACCGCGACUACUCUCGAUCAGCCAACACUGACAGAAAGAAGCUGAUUCGCGAGGAGCAGGGCAAGGAGAUCAAGCGGUGGUGCGACAGGCUGCUGGAGGAGUAUGAAGAUGAUAUCACGGCACAGCUGCAGUCGGGCGACCUGAACAUGGAGGCAGACGUGCCGGCGCUGCUGUGUGCGCGCAUCACGCCCAGCUGCAAGGCCAAGGCGUUGCAGCGCGAGGUGCUCGCUGCCGAUGAUGGAUCCUCGCCCUCCUCCGGAGUGAGCGCCACCAUAUCACCAUCCACGGGUGGAGGCCUCGUGGAUGUGACCGACGAGCAGAGCACCUCGGGUGCUGAUGCAAGUGACAAGGCUGGGGAGGCAGCAGCAGAAGCAGUGGAUGAGUUAUAA